GACGCCGUCUGUGUCGAUAUGACAGCACUGUUUUCUUCCGGUUUGUAAGCUUGCCCAGCUUUGUAGGGGAUUCUGGGUAUUGAGGUUCGGCGUCACGUUUUGGAUCCAGCAUGGCAGCGAAACAGAAGAGGAAAUUAGAAGAACUCAGUCUGGAUGAGUUCAUGCUGUCAGGCUUUGAGUCUGCAGAUGAAGGUGAAUCGGAGGAAGAGGCUCCCGCAAAAAAUGGGCUCAAGAAAAAGAAAGACUUGAAGGCUGCUGCCCUAAAAACGAAUACAGGAAAGAAAGGAACUGCCUCCCAGCACAAAGAGGAGCUGUCCAGGUUAAGGAACAAAGAUCCAGAGUUCUACAAGUUUCUGGAAGACAACGACAAAUCUCUUCUGAACUUUGACGACACAGACAGCUCAGAGGAUGAGGACGAGAAAAAGUACCACAAGCUACCGUCUGCACUGGAGGAGGCCGACUCUGAUGAUGAGGAUGGUGAAGAGGGUCAGAAAAGUUCGAGGAAGAGCAAGAAGGGGAUCGAUGUUAUCAAGGUCACAGACAAAAUGAUUGAAGAUUGGAACGCUGCUCUGAACAAAGAGCCCACCCCUCGUCUCUUCAGAGACAUCACCCAGGCCUUUAAGGCUGCCGUCGCUACGACGAAGGGUGAAGGAGGCGCCCUGUGUCGAUACAAAGUGGCCGACAGUUCAGUGUUCAACGCUUUGGUCCUCUUCUGCAUCAAAGAUAUUUAUGCGGCUCUGCAGAAGAUGCUCAACCUGAAGUUAGAGAAAGGCCAGAAGAAGCUCGUGCUCCCUUCGUCCAGUCAAAAAUGGCAGAGGAAUCAGAUCGACAUCAAGAUGUAUCUUAGUGGUGUAGUUCAGCUGUUAUCCUGCCUAACAGAAAGUACAGUCAUCAGCGCCGUCCUGCGACACGCCAACCAGCUCGUACCUUAUUACCUGUGUCUACCCAAACAGUGUCGGCACCUGGUUAAGCAACUAAUGAAGCAGUGGAGCACAGGGGAGGAGACGAGUCGUGUCCUCGCCUUCUUAGCCCUCAACAAAAUUUGCAGACACAAGCAGGACGUGUAUCUCAACCCUAUUCUCAAGCAAAUGUACAUUUCCUAUGUACAAAACUGCAAGUUCACGUCUCCCAACGCGCUGCCCAUGAUCAACUUCAUGCAGAGAACUCUCACAGAGAUGUACGCCCUGGACACACAGGCCUCCUAUCAGCACGCCUUCAUCUACAUCCGACAGCUGGCCAUCCACCUCAGAAACGCCAUGACCAUGAAGAAGAAGGAAACGUAUCAGUCGGUGUACAACUGGCAGUAUAUCCACUGUCUGUACCUGUGGUGUCGGGUCCUCAGCACCCUGUACCCGAGUGAUGUCCUCCAGCCUCUGAUCUACCCGCUCUGCCAAGUCAUAAUUGGCACCAUCAAGCUGGUACCUACAUCCAGAUACUACCCUCUGAGGAUGCACUGUUGCAGAGCCCUCACCCUGCUGUCCAGCAGCACCAACACGUUUGUCCCUGUUCUGCCUUUCCUCUUGGAGAUCUUCCAACAAGUGGACUUCAACAAGAAACCCGGACGAAUGAGCAAGAAACCCAUCAACUUCGCCGUCAUCCUGAAGCUCAACAAGAUCAACCUCAUGGAGAAAGCCUACAAGGAAGGAUUGAUCGACCAGCUCUAUGACCUGAUACUAGAAUACUUCCACACUCAGGCCAACUCCAUCGGCUUCCCGGAGCUCGCUUUGCCCACCAUUAUUCAGCUGAAAGCAUUCCUGAAGGAAUGCAAAGUGGCCAAUUACUCCAAGCCGGUGCGCCAGCUGUUGGAGAAGGUACAGGAGAACAGCAGCUACAUCACAGCGCAGAGACAGAAGGCCGCCUUCGGAGUGGCCGAUGCCGCCGCUGUGGUGGCCUGGGAGAAGAAAAUCCAGGAGGAAGGGACUCCCCUCACCAGGUACUACACUCAGUGGAAGAAGCUGAGGGAGAAGGAGAUCCAGCUGGAGAUUUCUGGCAAAGAAAGGAUGGAGGAUCUGGACCUCCCCGAAAUCAAACGGAGAAAGAUUCAAGAGAAGAAGGCCGAGGACAAGAAGGAGUUUAAGGAUCUGUUCGAGUCUGACAGCGACUCGGACGAAGAGAACGGAGGACUCAAGUUCAAAGGUAAGAAGAGCAGCCGUGCGGCAGAUGACGACGACGACGACGAUGAUGAUGAUGAAGAUCUGUCUGACAUGAGCGAUGACGAGGGGAUGGAGGGAGGAGACUCAGAUGAGGACGAUGAUGGUGAGGAGGAGGAAGGAGAUGAAAAGGCCUCGAAGGCUCCUAAGCCGCUGUCCUCCUCUGCUCUGAUAAAGCUGGCAGAGGGAGACGAGGAUGUGGUUGAAGACCUGGAGCUAUCUGAUGAGGACUGAGCUUUAUGGACUUUAGUAUAUUCUCCACUGUAACCCUCUACGCUUAAAGUAUUUCUGGACUAUUUUCUCUCCACUUUUGAAUUUUGUAUUGCUUCACAUGUACAGUACAAGUAAAAAAUCACGAUGUAAUUUUGUUAAGCGUUGAAUCUAAAGACGGACUUCAAGAAUCUUGUUUGUCUGAGAGUAUUAUUUCUUAUUUUAUUAAUUGACACGUGUAAGCUGACGCACGAGUGAACCUGAAACGUGUCACUUGGAUCCUUUUAUACGUGUGCACACCUGUAGGAGCCCUCGGGUGGGGGGUUGUAUGAACGGACUGUUUGGAGGGAGCUGCGAGUCUGGCUGAGCCGGGCCAAGCCGAGCCGAGCCGAGCCAGGCUGGGCCGGCCAAGAGGAGGGGGGGGGGGUACAGAGAGGUGGGUGUUGAGCCCCGAGGCAGCAGCGCUGUGCCAGGCUGGCAGGGUGGCGUCUGAUGCUGUGCCAAGUCUCUCUGCCCAGGUGGUAGAGCAGCAACACAGGCUGGUCUGUUUCUGUGCCAAAUCCUCACCCACCCCCUGCCCAGUCCACUGUCUUCUCUGUGUAUUCACAUGCUCAGACACAGUUUUCCUACCACAUCUUCUCCUCUUUUUCACCACCGAACCGAAGGUGACGGUGGCCUUGCCGGGCGCGUGCGUUCGCCCGUGUGCGACGCGGGACAGCAGAAGAGGUUGAAGACUUUGUUUUAAAAGGUAUAAAUGGAGAUUUGAGAAAGACUUUUGUGUCAUCGCGCUUCCUCUGUAGCGGUUUUCAGUGAAUUCAGAACCUCCGGGUGGAGAGGCCCGCCUGAAGCGAGGGAAAGUCCCAGCAGAGCGUGCACAGCGUGCUUCUUUGAAGGAGGAAGGUAAGUGCGAGCGAGGGCUGCUCCCGGUUCGGUUCCUGUGUGCAUGCGUGCGAGGAGGGUCAGGUUUACCCCCGCAGGCAGGGAGGCCUUGGCCUGCGGCUGAACCUCACACUCUUGACAGCGGGCGUUGACCUGAACUGUGCCCCCCCCCCCGCGCCCCUCGGUCGCCUCCCCCUUUUUUAACACGCACACAAUGCACGCCGGGAGACCACAUGCUCGCUCCUCCACGCUUUUACAGAAGAACCACAAACACCUGAGGAGGAAAAGGCAUCUGACGCACGUUGUCUGACGCAAGCGCACAAACACGAGAGAGAAGAGAGCAGAGGAGUUUCUUCAGGAUUUAUUUCACCUGUGCGGUGAAUAGAAAAAUAGGAUGAAGACAAAACUUUUGAAGGGAAAUCUAGAGACCAUUUUUAAUUGCUUGCGUAGUUUAAAAAAACAAAAAAAAAACAAAAAAGAAA